AUGUUCCUGAUCAGUGACCAGGUUGAAAAUGGCCUUGCCGCGUGUCAUCUUGUCGGUUUCACCGGCAAGUACUGCGAACAGAUCCUGAACAACAUCUGUCAUCGCAGCUCACUUUGUGGAAGUCAUGGAAAAUGUGUACUUACUAGUAGUCUCGAAGAGUACGAAUGUCGUUGCAAUGAUGGUUGGAUCGGUGACCAUUGUGAAGAACGCAAUCCAUGUCCACCCGAGUACUGUAACCAUGGCGGAAAGUGCUCUCAGAAUGGGUCUGAUUUCGUCUGCAAUUGCCCUCCGGGAUUCUAUGGACCACAGUGUGAACAUGAUGUCAACGAGUGCGACUUGUCUCCAUGUGCAUUUGGGAAAUGUGUGAAUACG